AUGAAAGAACCCCGGAUUUUCCCUAGAGAGCGGCCAACUCCUUGGACUCGUGCUCCCCUGCCACCACGAGGACGGCUUGACAGUUCCCUGGGACUACAGGGGGGUCCUGGUCUGAACACUGGCCACCCACUGGGCAUGAACUCGGAUCCCUUCCUUAUGGCAGCCGGUUCGCUUGGUGGAAAUCUGGCCCCAUUUCCACGGAACCCAUCUCCUUUUCCAACUUCAUCAAGCUCCUUGGCUUCAAAUUCAGCACCUUUCUCUGCUGGUGCUCGUGACCCAAGCAUGGCUUCUUUUCCCAGAGGGAUGAAUUCCGCUGGCACAGGCGCAUUGUCUUUCUCGAGGCCAGGUGGCCUCCUGGGUCCAGGACCAGGGUCAGCACUAAAUCCUAGAGCGGGAGCUCUUCAAGGCCCAGGACCUAUGUCUAAUCCAAGACUAGGUGGCCUCUCUGGGCCUAUGUCUAACCCAAGGUCAGGUGGUCUCCUGGGUUCUGGUCCAGAUCCUAGAAGUGGGGGUCCUAUGGGCCUUGGAUCAGGACCCAAUUUGAGAUCAAGUGGCAUGUUGAGUUCUGGGAAUGGCCCUCCAAAUGCUAGGCCUAUUGGUCUGGGCCCUGGACCAAAUCCUAAUAUGAGAUUAGGCUUUGGUGGUACCAGUCCUGCCCCAAGGUCAGGUAUGUUUCCAGGUUCAGGUCUUGGACCCAAUCCAAGGGCAGGUGGCCUAGGCACAGGCCUUGGGCCCAACCCAAGGGCAGGGGGCCUGGCCACAGGCCCUAAUAUGGACAACAGAGCAGGUGGUCUCUUGGGCACAGGAUCAGGUCUUAAUUUAAGAAUGGCUGGUCCUCAAGGCCUUGAUCUCGCCCCAAUUCUGAGAGCAGCAGGCCUCUUAGGAACAAAUUCAGCUGCUUUCUCACAGGCGUCUGGAAAUAUGGUCACAAACCCAUCUUCCAUGGCAAGAGUACCUGGUCCCCUAGGCCCAAACUCUGUGCCUGGUUCUCGGGGAAUUGGCCUUUCAGGGCCAAAUCCAUCUCCCAUAUCACGGGCUCCUGGCCCCAUGGGACCUACUUCAGCUCAUUUCUCAAGGCCAGCUGGCCCAAUGGGAAUAAAUACUAAUCCUUUCCCAAGAGGGACUGGUCCAGGGGGACUGAACCCAGGUACCUUCUCUCAGUCUUCUGGAACAAUGGCUUCAAACCCAGCUACCUUCCAAAGGUCUACUGGCCUCCAGGGCUCCAGUUCAGCAAUGUUCCCAAGAGCCUCUGGGCCAGUAGGUCCCAAUCCAGCUAAUUUCACAAGGGCCGCUGGCUUACAAGGUCCGAGUCCAGCUACCUUCCCUAGGUCUACUGGCCCACUAGGCCCUGGUCAAGUCACUUUCCCCAGGUCAACUCCUGGGCCCCUGGGCUCUUCUCCUGCAGGCCCUCUGGGUAUGAAUCCCUCGCCUUUUGCAAGACCAACUGGAUCCAUGGGUCUAAAUCAAACUUCCUUUCCAAGGAUGAAUGGCCCUGUAGGGAAGGCUUUAGUCCCAUUUCCUAGAGUGGGGAGCCUCCCUAGCACAAACCCAGCUGCUUUCUCCAGACCAGGGGGUCCAAUGUCUGCAAUGUACCCAAAUGGAAUGUUGCCUCCUUAAACACUUUCUCUCCAGGACCACCAUGUCUUUUAGGCACCAUGGUUCUGGCAGGGUUUGUAUUUUAGGUAAAAAAUAGAUACGGAGCUACAGUCUGAAGUACAUAGCUGGGGCUCAGGUUCAAAUGAGCCAUCUUUUUCCUCUGCUUUCUUGACUCAAAGUGAAAUGUUAUCUGUAAGGCAUGGACUAGGGCAAAUGGACGUGAUCCUGCCUGGCCUUGUGAGAAAGGAUCUCCAGCCUUCCAAAAAGCCUGCUGUGCUUUUGUCUCACAGCUCUCUGCCCUUGUUUCUUACUGGUUUCUUGAAUUGUUCUUGUGGACUUUUCCUCAGGGAUACAUUGGCCUGCAGGUCCCAAUUCUUAGUAGUCCCCUGCAUACCCCUGGAGAAUCAGCUUACUACUGCUUUCUAGAACUGUCACGUUGGUAAAUGGACCGUGCUUCAGCAGCUUGGACCUGGUCGUUCUCCACUGCCAUAUUCUCCCUGGGGGCCUGAACACGACAGCGCGGUGGAAUAUCACUUCAGAGCACCACCAACUACCUUCCACCCCACUGGCUGGGCCUGCAGCUUUCUUCUCCUGGGACUUCAAAGGAGACCAGAAUCGAGGCUCCACUGCUCAUCCAGCUCCUUCACUGGUACUCCAAUCAAA